AAUUUGAGCUCAGUGCUUCGAAACCGAAGUUCUUGCACACAAUGUACAUGUACAUGUACAAUGUACAGUACAUGUACUGUACACGUACCGUACUGGGGCCUGCGCUGUACUAGCUGUGGUCGCAAGCUGUGGCAUCAAAGAAAUAACCUCUUGGUUUGCUGCUAGCAAAAAUUUACUGAAAUACGCUCAACAUGGCCAUCAUGCAAAGAUGCUGCUGUUUUGAUAACGUCCGAUCGGGAUCCAACGCAUCCGCGAUAUACACACUGAUAUAUUCCGCCAUCGUUUUGGCUUUCGCGGCAUGGCAGAUUUCAGUUCUCGUAGCUAGUGGAGUGUAUAUUUACCUGCCCGUGGAUGGCGUCUUCGUCGCGUACUGCUUGGGGGUGGCGCUCUACGCCCUGAUUCUGAUUUUCUCCGUACUGGUCCUCGUUGGCGUCUCAAAGGACCAGCGUGGAUUCUUACUACCGUACAUGAUUGUCAUGCCCGUGCUCAUUCUUCUGCAGAUAGCACAGUGCAUCAUACUCAUCGUUAACAUGGCUGCGAGGGACUCUUAUUACGGAUACAACUACGCCAAAGUGGGCAUUGCCUUCGGGAUCGUUCAGCUGGUUAUCGUCGUGCUUUUUACAGUGCUGGAUGUGUUUUGCUUCCUGUGCGUGACGUCUCAAUACCAGGAACUGAGGGAUGGGCGUGGCCGCCUGCAAGACGUGAUCGCAGCAAGGACCCAUACUGUGGUCACCACCACCCCUGGCGUUGGUGGCGCUGUCAUCGUGACCCAGCAAACUGGCCCCCCACAACAGGGCUAUGCAAUGCAGGAAGGCUACCCACCCCAGCAGGGCUACGCCACCCAACAGGGCUACGCCCCCCAGCAGGGCUAUCCUGCCCAACAGGGCUACGCCCCCCAGCAGGGCUACGCCCCCAGCAGGGCUACGCCCCCCAACAGGGCUAUGCCCCCCAGCAGGGCUAUCCUGCCCAGGAGCCAAUCCCUCCAAAGGUUUAGGGGUGUUUACAAUUUUUACGAGAAGGAUUUAAAUUCCAAUGAAUUUCAGGAAAAGUGGCAGAUCCUGUUAUAUCUUUGUCUCCUUCUCGAGGCAAAGUAGAUUUGUUUGUAAUUAGACGAUUUUUAAAAUAGAGUCUGUGUUCAUUUUGGUACAUUCGUCAUCUCUUUUUUGUGUGAAAGCUACGCUUGCAAACUGAAAUAAUUUGAUGCUUAGUUAUACUCGCUUUUUGCAAAUAAUAGCCCAAGUUUUUGACAGGAAUGCCGAACCAUUCUGACAGAUGAAAAUGCUUUCCCCCCUGUGUAUCUUGAGGCAAUACGCAAGGCUUUACAAUCAAUACUAUUGUCACUGUGCUGCAGUUAGCCUUUUUGCUCGUUUUGUUUUGCAUUUUAACACUCGUUUCCUCUGAUUAAUUAAGCAAACGUUUCCGAAACAUGUUUCGAAGUAAGCAGUUGAAUUUCCUACUUGUACGAUUCAGAUUUUUUCUUACUUGGGCCUUGCAGUUGUCACAGCGAAUGACAGGUUAGCGCCUGUUCCAUCACAAAGAUACAGAACUCUAUCAUGACCUAUUUCAAACUACUGUUGCAGUCGACAAGCCCGCAUGACAAUCACAUCACGAAACCAGCACGUAAUCUCUGGUACAAACUUAAGUCACAAACUAUUCAACACCAACUGCAACAAAAUCACUCCUUUGUCACUUUUUACCAUGUUACGUGUGACAGGGCGUCUUGUGACUUGUCUUGUGACCGGAUUUGUAUCUGGCUUGCGACGGCCUUGACUGAAACACUGUUACGUACCACAACGUUGAUCAGCACUGGGUCGAAACCAAACCUGAAAAACUUCGGCAAUAUUAAAGCACAUUAUGACGUUGGUGUCGAAACGUGCAUAGGAAAUCAUUCUACUUAUAAACACAAAAAGGCUCAGCAAGAAAGACGUAAGAAUUGCGGCAAAACGCAGCGACUGAAAAACUGCAAAAACUGCGUAUUAUGAAGGACAACUGUCCCUGGCCAAUGGAAAAUGUAAACCAAAGUGUUCAGAGUAUAACAGUAGACACGUGCUAACCGCAAAAAAAAAACAUACUUUGAUCCUUCGAAGAACUCAAGUCAGUUUUUAUUGCCACGCAACUCUCCAUGGUUUAGCUUUCAAGUUUUACUCAGUGUUUACUCAAAUGCAAAUUGCGCCUUUAGAACUAUGUUCUCUGUAUUUGUUACUCAGAAGACAUGUCGUUUGCGACUCGUUGAUAUGAAAGUACAUGUACAUAAUAUGCAUUUAUGUAAUGCUCUCAGCUGUGAACUGACCAUAACACUUUAGCUUAGCUCAUUUUAGAAGCGCAGCAUUUAACAAAGCGUUUAAGCAUGCAUGAGCGAAAUGGUUUAUUAAAUCAAGUUCAAUGCUUACAGUGCUAAUGUAUUUCUUUCUUUGUUUGAAUUUUGUAUUUCAAUCCUUUUAUUGAUCCAACAUCUAUUUUUCACCGAGUAGGAAAAGAGUCUUACUUCUUAUUUGAUUUUUUACUAAUUGGAUUUUUGAUGGAAGUGCACAGGAGUGAACGCUGACAAUGGGCGUGCUUUUAACUUGCUGGCGUGCUAAACCGGUGUUUCAACUGUCUGUAGAUCAGGUACAUAACUUGAAUUUUUUACGCUACUGUAAUGCUUGCAGAUAGGACAGAUAUGUGACGGUUUAGGAGAGUCGUUAGUACCAAUAAAUAACUGCAAAUUCC